AAGGGGAAGGUAGGAAGUUUGAAAGGGCGGUUGAGAUUGAGUGUCAGGUCUAAGUGUAGGAAGCGAGGGAGUUGGCGGCACCAGAAUUCCAGAAACAAUGAACCCCAACCCGGCUCACAGUAACGGCUACUGCCCCCAGCCGCACCACCACCUACGAGGUAUGAACAGAAUUCGCCGGGGACCACGUGGCAGGUCACGUGACAGUGACACUAGGGUUUCCGAACAGCCGCAGCCGCAGCCGCAGCCGCAGCCGCAGGGGGAACAACCUUGCACCGACUUCGACAUGGCCUAUUUCCACUCCUACGCCCACGUUGGCAUCCACGAAGAGAUGAUCAAGGAUCGCGUACGCACUGAGACUUAUAGGGCAGCAAUUAUGCAGCACCAGAGCUUUAUAGCCGGCAAAGUGGUUGUCGACGUUGGCUGUGGCACUGGUAUUCUUUCCAUCUUUUGUGCUCAAGCUGGUGCAAAACGUGUAUAUGCUGUUGAUGCAAGUGACAUUGCAGUGCAGGCAAAUGAAGUUGUAAAAGCAAAUAAUCUCUCUGAUACGAUCAUUGUACUACAUGGGCGAGUUGAGGAUGUUCAAAUUGAUGAGGAGGUUGAUGUUAUAAUCUCAGAGUGGAUGGGGUACAUGCUUCUGUAUGAGAGUAUGCUUGGAAGUGUCAUUACAGCCAGAGAUCGCUGGCUAAAACCUGGAGGUCUUAUACUUCCUUCACAUGCAACGUUGUUUAUAGCACCCAUCACACAUGCUGACAGAUACAGUGAAAACAUUGAUUUCUGGCGCAAUGUUUAUGGAAUUGAUAUGUCUGCUAUGUUGCCAUUGGCAAAGCAAUGCGCAUUUGAAGAGCCAUGUGUUGAGACAAUCGUGGGCGAGAAUGUUUUAACAUGGCCGCAUGUGGUUAAGCACGUGGACUGCCAUAAAAUUUCACUUCAUGAGCUGGAAACUGUUACAACAAACUAUAAAUUUAAAUCAAUGAUGCGAGCUCCACUACAUGGGUUUGCAUUUUGGUUUGACGUUGAAUUCAAUGGGCCUGCAAUAGCUCUCACAAAUAAUCUUGCACCAUCCCAACUUCCUAACAAUCAUACAGUGGAGGGUCAGCAGAGGAGGAAACGGGCAAAUCCUAGUGAUGCAUUGGUGUUGUCGACUGCACCUGUGGACCCCCCAACGCAUUGGCAACAGACUGUUCUAUACUUUUAUGACCCAAUAGAGGUGGAGCAAGAUCAAGUGAUUGAAGGUUCCGUUACAUUAUCACAAAGCAAAGAAAAUCGUCGAUUUAUGAAUAUCCAUCUCGAAUAUGCCUCGGGUGGAAGAUCCUUUGUCAAAGAGUCAGUGAUGAGGUGAUUCUACUUAUUACUGUAUGCGGUUAGCUGAAGAGAAGCAUGGGAAAGUCAUUAUGUUGGUUUACCAUCUUUUUCUUGAAGCCCCAACUCUUGGCAGACCUUGAUUCUUUACAUACACUUCUGGGUGACCUAGCAAUAACUUUUUCUUGCAACACCCUGAAGAAAAGGCUACUUUUAGAGACAGGUGAAUUAGGCUUUAGGAAAAAAUUGAUGUCAACUGUGUUUAUGCUUCAAAAAUUCUAAUGCAGAGUAGACUAGGUAAAUUUGGUGAAGUUAUGUUGCAAUUCAGAAUGAUAUCAGCCGUGGAUAAUGUACUCGUAUUGUUGUCAAGUCUUUAGGCAUUGUGUACUCACCAGACAACUAACCGAAAUUUGUGAGUGACAUUCUGUAACAAAUUACAAAUUUACAA